GAUCACAUAUUUUUACUAAAGUAAUGCCUAAUAAUAAGAAAAAUAGUGUAGUUAAUAGUGAUGAUGCUAUAGAAAGAAGAAAACAGCAGAACUUUUUGGAGGAGCAGAGAAAUAUGAAGCCAGGCGUCUGCAACAAAUUCCUGCACGCCGUAAUUGAUCCCGAGUUGCUGCAGGGUGCCCACGGCACGGAUGUUCUCGCUAAACUAACGGAGCUGAAUCUCAAGUAUGAAAUCAAACAGCAGCUGGUGCCACGAGUUGUCACAUUCUACCGAACUAGCCAGCAAACGCUAGUCCAACCCUCAGGAACCCUCACCAGCAAAGCGAUCGAUCAAAACUUCCUCAUCUACCUGAUGCCGGGCAAGGAUCUUGUGCACCACGUUAAGGAGCGUAGUUUAUUGUCGUGUGUCGAAAAUCUGCAGCAGUUACAUCCAGGCAAAGCAAUUUCACUGCUAAUUUUUGGUCUGGUUGGCUAUUGUCGUCAGAAUCGUGGCUGCGUUGGACGCACGGAGACCGAAACAGCCCUGACAGAAGCGCAGCUGUUUACUGGGUGCUCGCAUCAGUUGCUGGAAACUGCUGAGGAAGUUGGCAAUUUUGUAUCUCAGCUGGGAAAAAGUUUGGCCGAACUACCGUACAAGCAGCAGCAGUACGAGAAGUACAGCGGAGAACAGCUCUAUCUAGGGAACGAGAAAAAAGGAUGCGUCCGUGUCGAAGGUACGGCAGGACUACACCAGCUGUAUCAGAACCAGCUGAUCAAAAUUCCGUCUGUCACGCUCGAGGUGGCGGAAGCGAUCAUUAGUGUGUAUCCAAGCUUGAAACAGCUUAUCGAUGCGUUCCGUUUUGCGGCCGAUGGACCGAAUCUGUUAGCCGACAUUCCAAUCCGCCGAGCUGCCGGUCCGAUCACUUCAUCGAUACGCAGAAUAGGGCCGGAGUUGAGCAAAAAGAUCUACCGCUUAUACAGCAGUGUCGAUCCGAAGCAAGAGCUUUAGAUUAAGAAAAUUUUUAUUCUAGGUCUUGUUUAAUUUUUUUAAUAUAUAAUUUCUCUCUCUUUUACAA